GUAAAUGUGAGCUCUGACCACUGGACCAAAGAACCAGCUCCUUGACACAGUAGCCAGAGAACCCAUUUAACCUCGCCAAGUGAUGGUCUCCGUUACCGAUGUAUACUUUAUGCAACUACAAAGGCAGAGGCUUUGAAGAAUCAUGAUGAAAGGUUUGAUCAUCCUUGUGGCAUGUCUCGUCCUCUCCGAGGCAGUCAUCAAGGUUCCCCUGAAAAGGUUCAAGUCCAUCAGAGAGACACUGAGGGAGAAGGGAAUCCAUCUACCCUACAGUGAUCCAGCCCUCAAAUAUCAACCUCCUGAGGUCCUGGCCACUUCCACCAUUGAGCCCAUGACCAACUAUGCUGAUUCAUCCUACUACGGCGUGAUCAGUAUCGGCACUCCUCCCCAGUCCUUCCAAGUUCUCUUUGACACAGGUUCUUCCAAUCUGUGGGUUGACUCCAUCUACUGCAACACCCAGGCAUGCACCACCCACACCCAGUUCAACCCCAGGCAGUCGACCACUUACCAGUACACCUCCCAAACCUUCUACCUGCCCUACGGAGCCGGAUCUCUCGAUGGCGUUUUUGGUUACGACACAGUCACCCUGUCUGGAAUCACCAUCACUGAUCAGGAGAUUGGACUGAGCACCAGCGAGCCAGGCCAGAAUUUUGUGGUUGCCCAGUUUGAUGGAAUCCUUGGUCUGGCCUACCCCUCUCUUGCUGUUGGCAAUCAAAUUCCUCUCGUAGACAACAUGAUGCAAAAGGACCUCCUCAAUCAAAACUUGUUUGCUGUCUAUCUCAGCCCGAAUGGUGAGUCUGGCAGUGAGGUGGCUUUCGGUGGUGUGGACCAAAACAUGUAUCAGGGUUCGCUCUACUGGACACCUGUGACCAGUGAGACCUACUGGCAGAUUGGCAUUCAAGGGUUUCAGGUAGGAGGACAGGAGACUGGCUGGUGUUCUCGGUAUGGUGGCUGCCAAGCCAUUGUAGACACUGGUACAUCUUCACUGACUGUUCCUCAGUCAUACCUGGCUUACCUAAUGCAAUCUCUUGGAGCACAGCAGAACAGCUAUGGAGAGUAUGUUGUGGACUGUAGCCAGGCAAACAGUCUCCCUUCUCUGACCUUCACCAUAAAUGGAGUGAACUUCCCUCUACCUCCCUCUGCCUACAUCCAAGAAACUCAGAGUGGCUACUGCACUGUGAACAUCUACCCCACCUACCUGCCCGCUCAAAACAACCAGCCCCUUUAUUUUGGAGAUGUGUUUCUCAGGGUGUACUACUCUGUGUACGACCGUGCAAACAACCAAAUGGGCUUUGCCUCUGCUGUCUGAACACCACGGCUUACACAGCACUCCCAACAGCACAAAAUCUCAUCUGAUUUCACCUCCACCUCUAAACCACUG